CCCACAUUCCCCACUACCAGCCCUCCGGCACAAAAACUGCACGAUUCAAUCCGUUCCAAAACAAGGGUAGCCGUCACCAUGGCGAGGGCAACGACACUGGUGCUCGUGGCCGCGCUCGCCGUCCUCCUCCUCCUCGCCUCAGGCCCCGCGGGCGCCACGGCCGCCCGAACCUCGCCCAAGGACGUGGCAACGGCAUCUCCCAACGAGAAGGUCGCGGCGGCGGCGGCGGAAGACCACGAGUGCGAGAUGAUGGCCGGCGAGAAGCAGCGGGAUGAGUGCAUGGCGAGAAGGACGCUCGCCGCGCACACGGACUACAUCUACACCCAGGAGAAGCACAACUAGUAGCCUUCAUAUCUGCGUCCAUGUAAUGUAAUGAUGUUAGUCGGCACUGCGUCCGCGUGUUCGAUCUCUAUCCUAUAGCUUCCUUCAUAAAAAAGGGACCGAUCCCACCGUGCAUGCAUCGCAUGCAUGCAUGGCGCACUUAUGUAUUGCCUAUAAUUUAGUAAUUCGAUAAUCAAACUUGGUUUUAUCGCUC